GAGCGAAAGCGGGACCGAUAGACGAGGAAGGUGCGCUCGCAUUGAGGGAAAGGAUGAAGCGGGACGGAGGAUGGGAAACGUUGAGGUAGAGCGGCGAUGGCAGGAGGGGAGGGGGGGUUGAAGAUGGCGUAAAGGGUAGGGUGGAGGGAGGAAUGACGUCAUAGUUGAGGGUUGCCCGGGCAACGGGGAAGCGGUUCGCGUCGGGACACCGUCGUGCGUCGCCACCGCCGCCGCGACGUAAAAAUCAAUUUGGACCUUGGCUAGGUGACCGUUCGCUCGGCGCUGCGUCGCGGCUGCUCCGGUGGCUCGAGAGCACCACGCUUCCCUUCCGGAGCUGCCGGUUACCUCGCCACCGAGCGAGCGAGGGAACGAACGAACGAACGAACGAACGAACGAGUGAGCGAGCUAGAAAGCUAGCUAGAUAGCUAGGCAACCGACCGACCGACCAGUCGACCGACCGACCGACCGACCGACCGACCGCCUGACCGAUACCGCACCGCGAGCAGCAGCUCAGUCGCGAGUCGUCAACCGAGCGGGUACGCCAGACGGUAGAGAACGCGUCUGCCAGGCGAGCGUGUCCGCUGACGCGCAUCCUUCCAUUCGUCGCACGCGGCCGACCAGCCGCACACACGCACACGCACACACAACACAUACACGUACAUACAUACAUACAUACAUACAUACAUACACACACGCAUUCUCUCUCUCCCUCUCUUUUCGAUACUUUUCGAUACGUUUCCCUACGCAACGAGGACAAUGAUCCACGAGGAGGAGGAGGAGGAGGUUUCGUGCCACGCUGAAGUCGAGCAUCGGUGAAGUCAUCGGUUGCCAACGAGUUUUCUUCUCUUUUCCUCCCACGGAUCGUGGGAAAACGUGGUGGGCCGAUCGGAGUUUUUGUGCGCAGAAGGACGCGACAUGGAACGACGCGAGAGGACGACGCGUACCAUAACAAGGGAGUUGGAGAAACUCUGCUGCGUGUAAACUCAACGCUUGUAAACACACGGAGGAGAGAGGGAGAGAAGGUUCUCGGGGCCGGAUUGUUCCGGUCGAACAAUCAGGAGGAGGUCGCGGGAGCGCCGGCUUCCUGAUCUUCCUCCCUUCAUUCGUAAAUUGUUCCCCAGAGGUGAGGUCGAUCGGAGCGUAUCGCGGAGAGGCGAAGAGGGAAAAAGAGCGGAUCAAAGGUUCGGGGAAAGGGGCGAGCGGCUUGUGAAUUUUUCGAAGGAUUAGUGAGUAGUUGGACGAGUCGAGGAGAGAGGGACGAGUUCUCCGAGUUUUUUCCCGGUUUUUUUCUCGGAUCGAGUCGAGUCAUGGGACAUCAUGAGCUUUGUGAAAAGAUGGACGGAUUGAUCCGUCCGUUGGCGAAUGGCGAGUAGAAUGACGGCUGGUCGAAUGGUAACGUACGAACGUUAAAUCGAAACGCUGUGCUCUCUCUGUACGGAGUUGUGGUGUCACGAGGAAGGAGUCCACGGUGUGACGCAUGCGACGUGCCGUCUAUCGCGAGAGAGCUGUGCGUCGUGGAAAACAUCUGCGCGACCGGUGAAGCUUUUAACUCGUGUGCCUCCCCGCUCCCUGACGUGUUACGUCGACGAACGGAAUCAGCGUGGUCCUUGCGUGCUGUGUGAUCCGCGACAGGCCUCGAGCGAGUAAAAAAAGCUUGCGCGUGCCAAGAACGAUACAGGCUGAAUCAGCAGCACGGCCACUCACUGCUCGUUGAACGUUUCGCGGACGAUGCUCGCGAGCCACGUCGAAGAGGAAACCGCGAAAAUAUAUUUCGAUAUACUCUCGUUCCCCGGACGUUGAAGCGUCGAACGUUCGAAAAAAUUUCUCCUCUUAAAUCCUCUUAAUCUCGAAAACAUUCUUGGCGAGAAGAGAGAAACCGGAGGAAAGACGAAGGUAGCAACAGCAGCAGCACCAGCUUCUCCUCGUUCUCUUCCGACAAAAAGAAGAAAGAAGAAAACAACGACGUGAUCCACAGGGAUUGAAGAGUAGUAUACAACAACGUCGAUUUAUCUUAAAAAAUAUAAUCGGAUGGAUCACGCGCUUCUCGCGACAAAAGGUGUCUCGAAAAAUAAUCUCGUGAAUAAAUCGAAGUAUCAUCGGGACUCGUCGAUUCGCCGCGUGGUUUCGAAUCCAUGAAAAUGUUUCCGAAUACGUGGCCGUGCUUCGACACUUUGUGCUACGAGUGAAUGGAAGCGGAAAGGAUCGGUCUCUUUCCGUUAUAUUCCGCGACGAUGUAGCAGGAUCGCGUCUCGACGUAUUCUCGAGGAUACUUUGGCGUAGCCCGGUAGUUGUUCGACCCGUGCAAGACUGGAUAGAAGAAGGGGCAAGAAGAGGGGAAGAACACAAGAACAGGUGGAAGAUCUUGAAUCUCUCUCUUGAGAGAGAGAAAGAGAGACGACAUAUUGGUAUCGAUGAUGGUGAGGGGCAAGUUGGCAGGAGGCGAUCGGUGCUCGCGACUCUGCGUUGCUGCUAGCUUGCUGAUAUCGCGAGUCAAGUAGAUGCAAUAAUAUAAAAUAGGAAGAAAAGCGUGGAAGGAAUGCCGUGGUACGAUGACGGAGCUGGUGAUCGCCGUGCACGAUCUUAGGAUCGCGGUGUCAUUGCCGACGUCGUCGUGCUCGUCGUCGGCGUCGUGGUCGUCGUGGUCGUCGACGCGUAGCUGGUGGGAACGCUGCCGGUGUUGCACGACCAGCUAAUACAGACGGGCAGAUCGUUCGAAUGGCGACAGGUCUCGGGCAAGAAGAGCGGAGAGCGGAUGUUCGAGAUUGUCGGGGACAUUUAUAACGAUCGAACGAUCCGUGGAAUCGAAAUCGUGGGUUAAACAUUUUUACCUGUUCCGCUGCCGGCACACUUUUCUCCUCCUCCGGGAGAGGAGGGAGGGAGGGAUUCCUCCAGGAGUUGGAGCCUCGAGUUUUAGCCGGAUUACUCGCGAUUCAGAGGCGUCGAGCUAAACGCGGAGCUCGCGUGGGAGAAGCAGGAUCAAGAACAAAAGAAGAGGGAGACGCGCGAAUGCGAAAACCACCGAGGAUCGCUACGAGACAUCGAUACGAGAUUGAUCGGGGAACGUGGCCUCGUACGCUGGCCGAGGGAAAGGAAAAGCGAGAAAAUUAAUUAGAGGGAUUAAUUGUUGGAACGACGAUGAUGAACGGUGAACCGAAGAAGGAACAUUGAGGGGGAAGAGAAGUAGUAAUAAUCGCAGUGAAAUAAUAAUAAUAAUAACAACAGUAAUAAUAUUAAUACAUUAGUAACGAUACUAACGAUAAUAAUAAAAAUAAGAAUAAUAAGAGAAAGAAGGAGAGAGGAAAGGGUGGGAAAACUUGGGAAAGGAAGAAAGCUAUUCCACCUUCGAGCAUGGCCUCGGUGGCGGCAUGGCUGCCGUUCGCUCGUGCGGCGGCGAUUGGUUGGGUGCCGAUCGCUACACAUCCACUGCCACCGCCGCCGAUCCCCAAGGAUCGUCGCAAGGCCGACGACGAGAAAUUACUGAUAAACGUGAGCGGCCGUCGCUUCGAGACAUGGCGGAACACCCUCGAGAAGUAUCCGGACACUCUUCUCGGCUCGAACGAGCGCGAGUUCUUUUACGACGAGGAGAGCAAAGAGUACUUCUUCGACCGUGAUCCAGACAUAUUCCGCCACAUAUUGAACUAUUACAGGACCGGCAAGCUUCAUUACCCGAAGCACGAAUGCCUGACGAGCUACGACGAGGAGUUGGCGUUCUUCGGUAUACUGCCGGACGUGAUAGGCGAUUGCUGUUACGAGGAUUAUCGGGACAGGAAGCGGGAGAACGCGGAGCGUUUGAUGGACGACAAGCUGAGCGAGAACGGGGAUCAAACUCUUCAGCAGUUACCGGACAUCAGGCAAAAGAUGUGGAGGGCGUUCCAGAAUCCACACAUCUCGACGGCGGCUUUGGUAUUUUAUUACGUAACAGGAUUCUUCAUCGCCGUGAGCGUGCUGGCGAACGUGGUCGAGACCGUGCCGUGCGGUAAUCGUCCGGGACGCGCCGGUACGCUUUCAUGCGGCGAGCGUUACAAGAUCGUGUUCUUCUGCCUGGACACCGCGUGCGUCAUGAUAUUCACCGCGGAAUAUCUGCUGAGGCUGUUCGCGGCCCCGAGCCGGUGCAAGUUCGCGCGAUCCGUCAUGUCCAUCAUAGACGUGGUCGCAAUCCUCCCGUACUACAUCGGCCUCGGUAUCACCGACAACGACGACGUAUCCGGUGCUUUCGUUACGUUGCGCGUCUUCCGUGUGUUCCGGAUCUUCAAGUUCUCGAGGCACUCGCAGGGGCUCAGGAUCCUCGGCUACACGUUGAAAUCGUGCGCCUCGGAGCUCGGUUUCCUAGUCUUCUCCCUCGCGAUGGCGAUCAUCAUAUUCGCAACCGUCAUGUUCUACGCGGAGAAGAACGUCGAUGGAACGAACUUCACCUCGAUACCUGCCGCGUUCUGGUACACGAUCGUCACGAUGACCACAUUAGGGUACGGUGACAUGGUUCCGAAAACGAUCGCGGGAAAAAUCGUGGGGGGUGUAUGCUCUCUCAGCGGUGUCCUUGUGAUCGCUUUACCGGUGCCUGUUAUCGUCAGUAAUUUCAGCCGAAUAUAUCACCAGAAUCAGCGGGCCGAUAAGCGAAAGGCGCAGAGGAAAGCAAGAUUGGCACGGAUCAGGAUCGCGAAAGCGUCGAGCGGGGCGGCCUUCGUGAGCAAAAAGAAGGCGGCCGAGGCACGUUUGGCCGCGCAGGAGAGCGGCCUUCAGCUGGACGACAAUUACAAGGAGGAGGAUAUCUUCGAGCUGCAGCAUCACCAUCUGCUUCGUUGUUUGGAGAAGACCACGGAUCGCGAGUUCGUGGAGAUGGAGGUGCCCUACAACGGUGCCCCGAAGAGGCCGGGCUCCCCCUCGCCCCUCACCUCUCCCGCGCACAGCACUGCCUCGAGGGGCGGCCUGCUGCACGCCUGCUGCGGCCGCUGCUACCCCCAACGUUACCAGAGCUUGUCUUAUCAGCUCACCUCGAACGAGAGCAAGGAUAGAGUGGUGCUCGUAUAUGAAGACCGUAUACAAGUGCGGAAAAAGGACCUAAAGAAGCGCGGUUCCCACACCUGUGACAUGCAGGCCCUACAGCCACUUCCGGUCCCAACCACCACAACCACCAACACCGCGCCUGCCAUGACUAUUUCCGGUGGCCAGCCACCGCUUCCGGUAUCGGAGACCGCUUGAGUCGAUCACCGAGACCAAUCACGAUCACCAUAUCCAUAGUUAUUAUGAACAAAAAAAGAAAAGAAAAGAAAAGAAACGAAAAAAAAAGAAAAAAGAAAAAAGAGAAAAAAUAAUAAUAACGUCACCUUUAACAAAAAAAAAAAAAACACCAUCACCGUCCUCCUCUUCUACUCGAUGAAAGAACAAUGGCCGACCGGCCGGAAGAACGGCUGCUUUUAAUUUCAGUAGGAAAAGAGAGAGACGGAUCGAUGGCGCCCCAAGCGCCACGAUCUAUGAUGAGAGAGAAAGAGAGAGAAAGAGAGAGAGAGAGAGAAAUUCCACGGAAGGAGAUUAGAUAGAAAGGAGAAGUUAAAAAGAAAAAAGAAAGAGAUAUCGUUGGACGAAGGAAUAUUAAAAGGAUCGGCGACGAUCCACGACGACGUCCCCUCGACGAGGAGGACGGAAGCCGCUCGUUCUCGAAGGGGAUGGAUUCCGCGCUCGGCUCGAAGGUGGAUGGAAGACGUGAACCGGAAGAAGAGGAAGCUCCUCCAGCCUCCGUCGAACCCGGAAUUCUUCGCAUUUUCGAGGAUGAAGAUUCGCGAAUGCACGCACACGCGUCUGCUGCACACCUUCCUCUUUCACUUCUUUCCACUCUCACCACAUGGAUGGAUCGACGAAUUUUUAAACCCCGCCUUUUACGCGCGCGCCAGCUGAACCUGCUUCUUUCUGCUCGAGGAAUACCAUGGAAAGGAAAAAGAAAGCGAAACGAGGAUAAAGAAGAAGAAGAAGAAGAGGAAAGGAGAAUAAAAAUCGGAUGAAAUGGUUGGAAACUCGAUUCGUCGACGCGUGAUCGAUUUUUAUCUCCGCGCGGAACGCUUUUUCAAUGGCGGAAAAUGACGCGCGGCACGAUGAUUUCCGGCGCAACUGGCGCGCGUUUCCACGGCCCUCGUCAUUUCCGGGAUCCGGCGCGUCGAUCAACCCGCCCGGAAAACGAGCGUAGUCGCGACUAAUACAUAUAUAUAUAUAUAUAUAAAAUCGGUCGAUCGAGUUUCCACUCACCAUUCCCCUCCAACCUUUCUUGCCACGAGUUCCAAGAGGGACGUCGUACCUCUCCGUACCUCUCGAUCAUCGCUUCUUAACGGCGAGUGGAAACCUCGAAAUGAAUAAUAAAUAAGGGUGGAGGGGAAGGAUGAUCGUAUUUUCACGGAGAAAUACGGUCGAGCGUAUGGUGUACUGGUCACUCUUUCUAGACGAGUCCCUGACUAGUUCGUAAGGAUAUUCGAUUUUUAAAGAAAAAUAAAAAAGAAAAAAAAAAAAAAAAGAGAAAUUCGAUCGAUCCACGAAACGACGCAGUUUCUUGUAUUAUACGAGGUCUCUUAAACUGGUUAGGUUUAAUUCAGCGGACGCUUGAAUACUUACGCGAGUGUACGUGGCAUAAAGGGUUGAUUGAUUACGAUGGUAAGGAGGAGAAGAGGGGGAAAUGAAAGGAUUAUCGUGGCCUUUGCGUAAAAAUGAGCGUGGAAACGAUGGGAAGGGAGGAGAUAUAAAUCUGGAUACGUUUCGAAGUAUCCUCGAUAGAUGUCGAUUGGUUGUCCGAUGAAGUAAUGAUCGAGGAAGGAGAGGAACGAUCACGUCAGGGGCCGCGUACUCUUGAUAAAUACUCUUAAAAUAAAGUAAGAUAUGAUGCCCUCGUUCUUUCAAAGAAAAAAAAAA